AGAUAAUGGAGCGGUACCUACUUGUCAAAGUCAAUUUUGCGAACCGUACAUUACACGAGUGCACACGGCGCAUACCUAUUAUAUUUGCCGCAGAAUUCGUCACAGUACAUUUCCAACAGGAGGUUCAGCCGGUUGAUUAUAAAGCCAAUAAGAACUUUUAGAGUAAAAAAUCUUUUAACCAAAUACAAAAAUGGCUGAACCUAUCAAAGUGGUUGUAACCGGUGCUGCUGGCCAGAUCGCCUACUCUCUCCUUUACCAGAUUGCAUCUGGUGCAGUAUUUGGUCCCAACCAGCCUGUGUACCUCCACCUUCUUGAUAUUGCCCCCAUGAUGGGAGUCCUUGAAGGUGUGGUUAUGGAACUGGCUGACUGUGCCUUGCCCCUGCUCGCUGGUGUGCUCCCAACAGCAAAGCCUGAGGAGGCAUUCAAAGAUGUUGUUGCUGCAUUCCUAGUAGGAGCCAUGCCCAGGAAAGAGGGCAUGGAAAGGAAAGACCUCCUUGCCGCUAAUGUUCGCAUCUUCAAAGAGCAAGGUCAAGCCCUUGACAAAGUUGCCCGCAAGGAUGUCAAAGUACUUGUUGUUGGUAACCCAGCUAACACCAAUGCUCUUAUUUGCUCAAAGUAUGCUCCUUCCAUUCCCAAAGAGAACUUCACAGCUAUGACCCGUCUUGACCAGAACCGUGCCCAGUCACAGCUGGCAGCUAAGAUCGGAGUCCCUGUACAGAAUGUUAAGAAUGUUAUUAUUUGGGGCAACCACUCAUCAACCCAGUUCCCAGAUGCAUCAAAUGCUGUUGUGACUGUUGGUGGUGCUCAGAAACCAGUCCCUGCUGCUAUCAACGAUGAUGCUUAUUUGAAGUCCACAUUCGUCACAACAGUUCAGAAGCGUGGUGCUGCCGUCAUCGCCGCAAGAAAGAUGUCUUCAGCUCUUUCUGCAGCUAAAGCUGCUUCUGAUCACAUGAGGGAUUGGUUCUUGGGAAGUGGAGACCGCUGGGUGAGCAUGGGUGUUGUAUCCGAUGGUUCUUAUGGCACUCCUCGUGACGUCGUAUUCUCAUUCCCAGUCACAACCGCCAAUGGCAAAUGGAAGAUUGUUCAGGGUCUGACCAUCACAGACUUUGCGCGCCAAAUGCUUGAUGCUACAGGCAAGGAACUUGCUGAAGAGAAACAGGAGGCUUUGGAUGUCUGCAAGGAUUGACCUAGCACGUAAUUGAAACUAUAAGCAAUAUUUAGCUUUAGAAUAUACAUUGUAUAUUGAAAGAUGAGAGCAGCCUCUAUAUUAUUAUUUUUAUCACAAUCAACUCAUAUCAUUGUGAACACGCAUUUCUAAGGUCAUGAUUUUAAAAAUCGUUCCAUUAUAUCAUAUCGGACUCAAACUGUUGCUUUAUUAAUUAGGCAUUUCUUUAUUAUUGUUUUUUAUUUUCAUAUUUAACAGCAUUUAUAUUAUAUAAAAAAAAUUACGUCAUA